AUGAGACGCAUCAACGCCAGACUGUUCGCCUUAACCGGCCUGGUAAUCGUCACAAUAACGGUUCUAUUGGGACUCAGACCAGAAUCGGGUAGUCUGAAUAAGGUCCAAUCAUUUGGUAAGAAAGAAACCUGGACCAAGACCUGGGCUGCGAUCAACCCGCAGACGCAGACACAGGAGCCCGAAGGAACCGGUGGAAAAACCCCAGAACACGAGCACAAAGACGAGAACAAAGAAUCAGCACAGCGAUAUGUUCCUGGUGAUUCAUCCAAGUUGGAACAGGCCGUUCACAGAAAGCAGGUGACCUCAAAAGCCCACAGACAAAAUGCCACACUGCUGGCAUUGGUGCGCAAUAGCGAGACAUAUGGCAUGAUUAAGUCCAUCAAGCAACUAGAAGACCGAUUCAACCACAAAUUCAACUAUGACUGGGUCUUUUUGAACGAAGAGCCGUUUGACGAAGAGUUUAUCAACGAGACUUCAAUGCUGGUUUCGGGAACGGCUCGUUACGGGAAUAUCCCAAAAGAACAUUGGUCAUAUCCCGACUGGAUUGACCAGGACGUUGCAAAAAAGAUCAGAGAGUCCCGAGUUAUGUCGCGCAUAAACUAUGGCUCGAGUGAGAGCUACAGACACAUGUGUCGAUUCAACUCAGGGUUCUUCUACAAGCAUCCUAUAAUGGAUGACUAUCAGUUUUACUGGAGAGUGGAGCCCGAUAUCAUGUACAAUUGCGAUAUUCCAGAAGACCCAUUCAAGUUCAUGGUUGACAACAGAAAGCAAUACGGGUUUGUGGUUUCGAUGUAUGAAGCCCAGAAGACUGUGGAGACUCUCUGGGAGACGUCUAUGAAACACUUCAACCAGUCUGGUCUGCCACCAGCAGAUCCUCGGAUGUAUGAGUUCAUUGCACGCGAGGACAACACGUACAAUCUGUGUCAUUUCUGGUCAAACUUCGAGAUAGCGAACCUGGACUUUUACCGGGACGAGAAAUACGAACGGUUCUUCAAUGCUUUGGACUGGGCUGGUGGGUUUUUCUACGAAAGAUGGGGAGAUGCUCCAGUCCACACAAUCGCAGUAGCAAUGCUGUUGAAGGCAGAGGAAGUGCACGUUUUCCAGGAUAUCAGUUAUACUCACACGGUCGCGGAGACCUGUCCUCUGGAUGACGGCAUGCGCCACGAGAGGCGGUGUGUUUGCAAUCCACACACCGACUUCAGCUGGAAGUCCAAGAACUCGUGUACUCCUCGGUUUGUGCAGUUAACUCAAAAAGAGACACUCAAGGACCACGAUCGGUAUGUGACUGCGUUCGAGCAGGAGGAGCGCGAUGAGAAAUUGCGCAAGCUUCAGGAGGAGGAGAAACAGCAGGCGAUCAACGAGCAGAGACAGAAGGAUCGGAGGCGGAAAGCCGAGCAGAGAAAGGCGCAGCGUCAGGCUGAGAGGGAGAAGAAGGCCAAGGAGAAGGCUCAGGCAGAGGGAAAGGGGGAGCAGAAACAAGAGCAGAAACAAGAGCAGAAAGAGACGGUGAAGGAAGCUGAAAAUGAGACUGUACAAGAGAGGAAGAACGAGGGAGAGCAAAAAGAAGAAACAGAUGAAAGCAACGCGAACAGUAACGAAGAUAACGGUGACAACUCCAAUCAAGAGACCGCAAAUGAAGGCACUGACAAUGGCCAGGAUAGCAACGAAGACGAUUCAGGAUUUGACGAAAUCACAGCAUUAGACAACGAGGAUCUGCUUCAGGAUAUAAACUUUUGA